AUGUCGUUUUACAAGCAUGUGACGCGGACAAAUGAUCCGUUUCUGAUGGCUGUGCUGCUGGAAGAUAUGUCAGUAUGUGUGGGUAUCGUUAUUGCUGGAUGUGGCAUUGGGGCCAGCCACAUUACUGGCAACCCGGUGUGGGACAGUCUCGCUAGUGUAUCGAUUGGCGUGCUUCUUAGCGGUGCUGCAAUAUCGCUCAUUCGAAUGAAUCAGAAGUAUUUAUUGGGCCAGUCAGUGGAACCGGAAAUCGAUUAUGGCAUCCGCGAGCUGUUUCUGGCGCGUCCGUCCAUUGACAAUGUAUAUGCUGUCCAGUCACAGUGGGUCGGACCAUCGACAUUUAGCUACAGGCUGAAGUUGACUUCGAUGGGACGAUCUUGGCGGCGAACUGCUGCUAUUGUGCAAGCCGGUGUUUUUAGAGACAAAAGAUCUAGAAAAGGGUGUGCCGCUCACGCUUGCUUGGUACGCGGAGGAUGUGACUCGUCUUGUCGAGAAAGAGGUGCAAGAAGUAGAAGAGGUUAUUCGCUCAUUUACCCCGAGGCCGCCUUCAUCGAGUGGGAGCCUGAUAGCAAAGAGUCGGAGAUGCGUGCCGUGUCGAGUAUGCAAGACAAAGUCUUUCCGUACGAGCGAGCGUGA